AUGGCAAGUUUAUUGAGCUCCUCUCUGCCCAGCUGCUUGCCAUCCCUCUUCCUCCUCCUCCUCCAGCUGUCUUCCAGCUAUGCAGGACAGUUCAGAGUAAUAGGACCAGGGCACCCCAUCCGGGCUCUGGUGGGAGAUGAAGUGGAAUUGCCAUGUCGCAUAUCUCCUGGAAAGAAUGCUACAGGCAUGGAGGUGGGAUGGUACCGGCCCCCCUUCUCUAGGGUGGUUCAUCUCUACCGAAAUGGCAAAGAUCAAGAUGGAGAGCAGGCACCUGAAUUUCGGGGCCGGACGGAGCUGCUGAAAGACACUAUUGGUGAGGGAAAGGUGACCCUCAAGAUCCGGAAUGUAAGGUUCUCAGAUGAAGGAGGUUUCACCUGUUUCUUCCGAGAUCAUUCUUACCAAGAGGAGGCAGCAAUAGAAUUGAAAGUGGAAGAUCCCUUCUACUGGAUCAGCCCUGGAGUGCUAGUUCUCAUCGCAGUCCUGCCCAUGCUCCUCCUGCAGAUCACCGUGGGCCUCGUCUUCCUCUGCCUGCAGCACAGACUGAGAGGAAAACUGCCAGCAGAGAUGGAGAAUCUCCACCGGACUUUUGAUCCCCACUUUCUGAUGGUGCCCUGCUGGAAGAUAACCCUGUUUGUAAUUGUGCCGGUUCUCGGACCCCUGGUUGCCUUGAUCAUCUGCUACAACUGGCUACAUCGAAGACUAGCAGGGCACUUUCUUGAAGAACUCAUCUUCCAUCUGGAAGCCCUCUCUGGCUAUGGCCAGACAGAUGCUCGUUUCUCCAUCAGAGGACACCUGUGCUGGAGAGUAACGCAGACAAGAGGGUCUCUGCCAUGA